AAAGAUAAGAUCACAAGAGACGAUGGAGUUGAACUCGAUCUGAUCGUUUUCCACCGUUUAAUUCUUCUGGAAUACCACCACUAGUUUAGAGUGUUUUGAGCUUCACUGUCUCUGUAUCAACAAAGGUAACUUCUGAUGUAAUUAGAACGAUUCUACUUACAAACCUUAAACUGAAGCUACAAAAGCUAAAACUCCAAAUAUCUCUAAUCCGCUAACUCACCGAUUAGAUUUAUUUACAAGGAAAAUGGCAACAUCAGCAGCAGGUCAAGCCAAGUACAUAAUCGGCGCUCUCAUCGGCUCAUUCGGAAUCUCAUAUGUAUUCGACAAACUUAUCUCUGAUAACAAGAUCUUCGGAGGGACGACUCCAGGAACCGUAUCUAACAAGGAAUGGUGGAAGGCUACGGAUGAGAAGUUCCAAGCAUGGCCGAGAACAGCUGGUCCUCCCGUCGUUAUGAAUCCCAUUAGCCGUCAGAAUUUCAUCGUCAAGUCGCGUCCAGAGUAAAAAAUAAGAUCAAUGCUCUUUGAUAAGAUGAAUGAAUAAUGAUAUGUUUCUAAACCAAGCCGUACUUGUACUAAAUAAGACAAAUACAUUACAACACGGUUUUUUUGUGGAACUACUAUUCCACAGU